UUGAGGCUGUUCUGAGGGAAAAGGGGGGUGCAACUCAAUAUUAGGAAGGUGUUCUUAAUGUUUUGUAUACUUAGUGUAUAAUUAAGCAAUAAAGCCUGUGGGGGUGUGGUAGAACCAUUAGCCAUAUACCACAAACCCCCAAGAUGCAUUAUUGCUAUUAUAAACUGGUAACCAACAUAAUUAGAGCAGUAAAAAUAAAUGUGGUAUACAGUCUGAUAUACCACAUCUGUCAGCCAAUCAGCAUUCAGGGCUCAAACCACCCAGUUUAUAAUACAACAAUCUUUCCUUUCUGUGUCCCAUAUUCACAAUCUGCAAUUCCUCUGCCUCUCAUACGACGUCUGCCUACACAUCUGUCCAGACUAGACAGGUCUAUGGAGUCGAUGCAGCUGGAGAAGGACACUCUGCUCAGGAAGUUGAUGGAGGCUGAGAUAGAUGGGACAGAGGCUGCAAUACAGGUGUCAGCCCACAGAGAGACCAUCACUAAGAUGAGGAGUGUCAGCACCAGCAGGAUGUCUGGGACUGAGUCUUCUCUCCUGGCGCGUCAGAAGGAGCUGCUGCUCCAGAAAUUGGAGACGUUUGAGGCCACCAACAUCACGCUGCGCCACCUACUGAGGGAACAGCACGGACGUGAGCUGGAAUCCACGAGGAUGUCAGAACAGAAAGAUGUACUUCUGAAGAGGCUGACAGACACAGAGGCAGAAAAAAAGAAUAUUGUGGUGAAACUGCAAGAGAAAGAGAGGGAGGUGAAGCAACUGACUACGCUUCUGGACACAGAGAAGGAGAAUGCUAAGACCACAGGCGAAUUGUCUAAAGUGCUGGAGUCUACUCGUGCAGACUUGCAGAGCCAGUUACGCAGCAAAGAGGCUGACAACAACCGCCUUGCUGUGCAAAUCAAGAACCUGGAGUGGGCGGCCAGUCAGCAGCAGGGAGAGAUGGGUCACCUGCUGGAGCAGUUGCGGGGUCUGAAACUUCAGGCUGAGGCCGACAAAGAGGACCUGAAGAGGGCCACACGGGCCCAGAAACACCGGGAUGAACGCAGCGAAGAUACCGCCGGGCAGCUCAGCACCCAGCUACUGGAUGUGGAGAAUCAGAUGGCAGAGGCCCUAUCAGCAGCAGAGAACUGGCGUGGUCGCCAUGCCCAGGAAAUGAAGGACAAGACUCAGCUAGAGAUGGGUCUCAGUCCUCAACAGGCCAGGUUAUCUGCUGUGGAGUAGAAGCUGGCUCUGUCCCAGUCAGAGGUACAACAAGUCAAAGCCUCUGUGAAGCAAUACGAGAGCCUGGUAGACAGCUAUAAGACCCAGGUGGUGAAGACGCGGGCGAAGGCGGACGAGUAUUGUGCCAGGCUGGGACAAACGGAAUGCGAGGCGCAGGAGGUCCGGGACCAGAUGGAGAGGGAGUUGGAGGUGGUGCGUAGGGAGCUGCUGGGCCGGCUGACAGAGCUGGAGCCUCUUCCUGAGGCACUGCGGUGCACCGAGGUCCUACUGGAGGAAGCUCAGGACAGGGAACACGCCCAGGAGAGACACAGCACCGAGCUGACCACUGCCCUGUCCGACCUGCGCAUGAAGGUGGAGCAACAAGGCACCCAGGUGGAGCUGGUGAGAGUGAAGAACUCGGUCCUGUUGGAGGAGAACAAACAGCUGCAACACCGUGUGGAGAGUCUAGAGAGGAAGUUGGAGGAGGCCACCAGUCAAUACAGGGACCUGGCAGGGGUGAUCGCCAAGCGGGAGGAGACCAUCCACAGCAACCAUCUCUGUCUGGAGGAGAAGGCCCGUGAGUGCACCCACCUGACCCGCCAGCUGGAGGAGGCUUUAGAAGACGCCCGACUGCAGGUGUCCAACAUCCGGGAGCGUGCGUCCACCAAAGAGCGCUCCACCCAGUCCAAGGUGGUGGACCUAGAGACACAGUUGAGCAGAACCGCCACAGAACUCACCACCCUACGCCGUAGCAAAGAGGAGGUGGAGCGGCGUUACCAGUCGCGUCUGCAGGAUGUGAAGGAUCGUCUGGAGCAGUCAGACAGCAUCAACAGGAGUCUGCAGAACUACGUCCAGUUCCUCAAAGCAUCCUAUGCCAACGUGUUCGGCGACUUAGUCCUCACCAGCUCUCUGCGGGCCCCCUCUCCUAUCUGAGGGGACCAUCCCCGAAGAUUCUCUCAGAACACAGACACACACACCUAUCCCAUCUGAGGAUACUCUCCCCAAACACACUUAUUUAUCCAGGUCCAUUUUCAGAGGGCUCUUUUCAUCUAUAUGAAAUAUGUGGAUUUUGAGUGUGUAUAUGUUACAAUUAUACAAUAUCAAUAUGGCUAUAAUAUAUCACUUUUUUCAAGAAAGGAAAGUGCUGUUUGCAGACAUUAAUAGUUUACACAGUCUUCACUUCCAGCUUGGAAAAGUACACCCAAACACGCUUCAGUCCUGCUAAAACAAAAAAGGAAUCAUCUGUUCGGCUGAGGGACUUGGAAAUCCCAAAAAACCACUCCUUUACCCCAGGACGCUUUAACUAGUGACUAUCAGGGAGAAUACAGAAAAAGGAGCCUUCUGUUUCUGGGUAAAUCUGAUACAUUUAUUGACAGGACAAAAAAACAAUAGGCUUACGUUUAGGCAUGAAUCACCUUCAUCAGAGCCUGACUCCCGGAAAGUCACUAGUUGAAUAAUAUAUGCCAUUUAGCAGUCGCUUUUAUCCAAAGCAACUUAUGCGUGCAUACAUUUUAUGUAUGGGUAGCUCUGGGAAUCAAAUCCACAACCCUGGCAUUGCUGACGCCAUGCUCUACCAACUGAAGUGUGCUGGGAUAAGGAAUGUUUUGGGGAUUUACUUCCUGCUUGUCUACAGUAAUUGUUACAGUUGUCCUAUAGUUGUUGAUGUCCUACUAAGUCCAUUAUGUUUUCACCUCUACGGUUCAUGAUAUCUCAGCAAACUGUAUCAUUCUUUCCUGUACAACACUAUAUAGCUAGCCACCCACCUAACAAAUGUACUGUACCAAACCAUAGCUGUCUAGCUACCCUGUCGCAUAGUUGUCAUAUACAGCAUCCGUCUAUUUAUCAUCUUAUCAUGUUACGGAAUUGUUCCAUUUGUGCUAUGAUUGAUUAGCCUGGUCCCAGAUCUUUUUGUGCUAUCAUGUCAACUCCUUGUCAUGUUUGGCGUGACGAGGAGCGGCAUGUUGACACAAAAAGAAUAGUACCCAGGCUAAUGAUUGGUGCUAUCUGCUAACCAAGGCCAUAUCAAUGAAACUAAUGAUUUAGUUUGGGUUGUUUUUACUGUUUAUUUGGGUCAGUAGGAGUUGAUGUGCUCUUGGCGAUAAUUGUAAUAGUUGUACUUCUACUUUAAUUAUGAAAUAGGAUAUAUUUUUUAUACUUUAAUAAAUUAUUUUAUAUACCUUGAAAGUGUUGUUACAAUAAAGCAAUUUAAAAGGUC